GUGCGUCCGACAGACUGUCAGUACAGGGACUACAAGAGGAGUGGAGAGUCAUUCUGGUCCAAACUGGAACCGGUGAAGUUGGACACAGCCAAACUGGAACACCUGUUUGAGUCAAAGUCAAAGGAAAUACCAGUUACAAAGAAAACAGCGGCCGAUGGCAAACGCCAAGAGAUCAUCGUUUUGGAUUCCAAAAGGAGCAACGCCAUCAAUAUUGGUCUGACAGUCCUGCCUCCACCUCGCACCAUCAAGACAGCCAUCCUCAACUUUGACGAGUAUGCUCUCAACAAGGAGGGCAUAGAGAAAAUCCUGACGAUGAUCCCCACAGAGGAGGAGAAGCAGAAGAUUCAGGAGGCUCAGCUGGCCAACCCUGAUGUCCCGCUGGGCUCUGCAGAGCAGUUUCUCCUCACCCUGUCCUCCAUCAGUGAGCUCUCUGCCAGACUCCAGCUCUGGGCCUUUAAAAUGGACUACGAGGCAACGGAGAAGGAAGUAGCAGAGCCACUGCAGGAUCUGAAGGAGGGUAUGGAUCAGCUGGAGAAGAACAAAACUAUCCGCUACGUCCUCUCUACGCUGCUCUCCAUCGGAAACUUCCUCAACAGCACCAAUGCUAAAGGCUUCGAGCUGACCUAUUUGGAGAAGGUUCCAGAAGUGAAGGACACAGUCCAUAAGCAGUCACUGCUCCAUCACGUUUGCUCUGUGGUGGUGGAAAACUUCCCUCAGAGCACCGACCUCUACUCCGAGAUAGGAGCCAUCACGCGCUCUGCAAAAGUGGAUUUUGACCAGCUGCAGGAGAACUUGUGUCAAAUGGAGCGGCGCUGCAAAGCCUCGUGGGACCACCUGAAGGUGAUUGCCAAGCACGAGAUGAAGCCCCAGUUGAAGCAGAAGAUGUCCGACUUCCUCAAAGACUGCGCAGAGCGAAUCAUCAUCCUUAAGAUUGUUCACCGCAGGAUCAUCAACAGGUUCCACUCCUUCCUGCUGUUCCUUGGUCACCCGGCCUACAGUGUGAGAGAGAUCAGCGUCCACAGGUUCAGUAAAAUCCUCAGCGAGUUUGCGCUGGAGUACCGGACCACCCGAGAGCGUGUGCUGCAGCAGAAACAGAAACGAGCCGACCAUCGCGAGCGCAACAAGACCCGAGGAAAGAUGAUCAUGGACGUAAACACUCCUUGUGGUCGGAGUAGCGCAGGGAGCAACAACAGCGCCCCCAGUGGGGGUCAGGAAAUUGAGCAGCCUCAGGGUUUGGAGCAUGCAGAGGAUGCUGCAGAGCACGAGCACAUGAAAGCGGUGCUGAGAACCAGCCUCAGUGGCAGUGACAAGGAGGGCAGCGGCGUGCCGGGACUGCGGACACGGACCAGGUCACGGCCUGGACGAGGAGGACGCAGCAUGCAGGCAUGGACUCCGCCUGUGGAGGACACUCAGAUCUGUGGAGAUGAUGCCGCAGACGAAAUCAUGGAGCGCAUAGUGAGGUCAGCCACUCAGGGUCCAGGAACCAGAACCCAGCCCAGAGAGAGGAGGAGAUCCAGGGCCAACCGCAAAUCAUUGAGGCGGACGCUGAAAAACGGCCUGACGCCAGAAGAAGCUCUCGCUUUAGGGCUAACUGAUUCCCCAGAGCCACAGAUGUGAUCAUCCACCUCUCGCCGUGAAAACUCAGCUUCAGAUGUCUGUGUGAAAUCUCUGUCAGCCUUUGCCCCUUUAGGUUUUUCCCAGCGGCUCUUUCUGCCUGAUGUUUCUGAGUGAAGAGGCGGCAUUACGACAUUUUCACCUUCCAGAAGAAACAGUGGAGGUAACGAGGGAAUGCUUCUCAUAAGGACUGAUUCUGUUCAGUUAGGCAAGGAAAAGGAAAAUGUAUUCAAGUGACGCUGCCUCUACACUGAAUUAUUUAUUUAUCUGAAAAGGAUUUGAAUGCUGGGAUGAUUUUCGCUUGUGAGUGUCAGCAGCUGUGACGUCGCCGGUUUUGGGUUUUGUUUUUAAAUUUCAUUUGUUUAAACUGUGAAUUUUAGUUGUGAAGUUUGCUGGGCUGAGGAUGAAUUUGAAUUUGUUCCCAGGAGAAAAAACAAAGAUUAUCAGUAAGAGCAUCUACACAUCUGAAAAGUAAUGAGCAUGGCUGUGCUUUUGUAGGGACGCGAAAGGUUAUCAAGCUGAUGAGUGCCUUUCACUUCAAAGGGGCGAUGCUGUACCUUCGUUCUCUCUUCGUUAACGUAUUCACGUCCUAAAUUUCACUUCCUAAGGCAUGGUUCUCAUGAGUAUUACUGUUGAAAAUCUUCUCUGUUUUGUUUGGUUUUUGUUUUUUUCAGUAUUUAUUUGCAAAGCUCUGACGUCUUGCACCUUAAAUAACAUUAAAGUGGACCCAUUGUGCUCAUUUCCCACUCCAUAUUUUUAGUUUUUUGGCUCCGCUAGUUUAAAAGGAAUCCUCUUUAAUCUUAACACAAGCUGUUUUAACUCCCUCCCCCGCCCUUUAAGCCAACUCUUUUCUGAUUGGCUUUCUCUUAAAAACAGAAGAUUUGAUCGUAUUAGCGAUAUCCGCUCUCAUCGAUCAUACAGAGCCAUGAGUAGGAAAGAAAAAAGGCUCAGUUUGAAGUGUGUGGCUCACGGGGUUACUGCAUAUAUGCUGACCCGCUUACUUGAAACUGCAUACGCCAGUGUAACAGUGCAUAUUUGCCACAAAACGAGGAAGAGCAUAAUAAGUCCACUUUAAUAGUCUCGUGCUGAAAUGAACGACUGAUUGAAAACACAAAAAAUAGUUUUUAUCUCAGAGGAACUGUUUGUAAAGUGUAAAAAGAAAAAAAAAGAUAUGGACUUUUUUUAAAAAAACAAAACAAAAACAUUUUAAUAAUCUAUUUUGAAGAACAUGCAGACAGUUCUGCAUGAUAUGUGUAAAUGCCCUUGUCAGCUGCCAGGUCCUAAAUACUGUAAACUCUACAGUGUGCAUGUUUAGUGCAUUUCACAUUGUGUAUUAUUUUUGUAAUUGCUGUAGAAACUUGUAUUAUAGUCUGAGACAAAGGAUCAAUUGUGGCUUGUUUUUUCUUUCUGUGAAUUGAAGAAAUGUGUUGCUCCCUGCUAAGAGAGAGAGAGAGAGAAACAGAGAGAGAGGAGCAUUAUCUGGACGUUUGAUUUGAGCUCUGUGGUCACACUCUGUCACGUACCAACUUGAACAGUCUAGACGCAAGAAACUGGGAAACACCACUGCAUGAAUGCCAUGUAGUGAGCUGAACGUUCUUAUAAACACUUUCACUUGAAAUGCCGUGUAUACACAUUCUGCAAUAAAAAAAUAAAAACCAUAGAGUGCAAAUGUG